CAAAUUAAACAAAAACAGCUAUGAGAACAAAAUUUUAAGACUUUUGGCUUUAUUAAAAAUUAUGAAGGAAUGGGAUCUCAAGGAAUACAUAAUUUCUUACCUCCUGAAAUAAAGAGAUUUAAAAUAAAGAAAGAACUUUUGAAGAAGUACAAGUGAAAAAUAGAGGAAAGAGAAAAUUCCAAAGGAUGUGUUACCACAGUUUACAUCUGUCAGUAUGAUGACUGCAAUAAAGAGUUCACUCGCACCUGGAGCAUCCUCGAUCACGUUCGUAUGCACGAAGGUGAAAAGCCUUACCAGUGCCCAUUUUGCAGCAGACAGUACACCCAAAAAGGUAACCUUGACAAGCACAUGCUUUUGCACCAAAAACCAGAAGUAGAGGCAAGGAGAAGUCAUCAAUGACUACACUGAGCCAAAUGGUACACAGAGAAAUACAACCUCAAGACUCACAUCAGAAAGUUCCAUCCAGAAGAAUACAAGCAGAAAUACGGAGUGUACAAAAAGAGGCAGUCCUAACGAUUAAUAUCAAAAUUAUCUAAAAAUCUCUCUUCUUUCUCUUGUAACCUA